ACCGUUUGUGUGUGUCUUCCUUCACCAUGGACCUUUUUUUCUCUGUUUCUGAUCAUUAGCGCCCACUUUCAUUCAGGAUAUAAGCAGAGGAGUGCAGUCGUUGGCACCUCGAGCAACUAAGAAGCUUCCGAUGGGUAAAGAAUCCAUUGCAGCAGCCUCCUCCUUCUUCUUCUUCUCUUCCUCUUUGCUCCUCGUGCACGCCUCACUUCUCUUAUGGCUUCCCCUUCUCUUCAUCUCCGGAGCCACCGUGGCCCAUGGAAACGACCAGGAGGAGCUCCUCCUCUUGAACCUAAAACGCCAGUGGAGCAGCGUUCCUGCGCUCGGUUCUUGGAACGAUUCCUCCCCGCACUGCGACUGGCCGGGAAUAGAGUGCAGCGAUGGCUCCGUCACGCAGAUAUCCCUCUCCAAUAUAAACAUCACCAAGCCUAUUCCGCCCUUCCUCUGCAACCUCACGAGCCUCGCCUACCUCGACCUCUCCAACAACUACAUCCCCGGCGGCUUCCCCACCUCUCUCUACCGCUGCUCAAUCCUCGAGCACCUUAAUCUCUCCCAGAAUCUCUUUGUCGGCGAGUUGCCUUCUGAUAUCGAUAACAUGUCAUCCCAGCUCGCUUACCUUGAUCUAUCUGGUAACAAUUUCUCCGGCGACGUCCCGCCCGCCAUCGGCCGGCUCUCGUCCCUUGGGGAUCUUCGUCUUCAGUUCAAUCUCUUCGAUGGCUCCUUCCCGGCCGAGCUCGGUAACCUUUCGAUGCUUGAACGACUACAGCUUGCGCACAAUCCCUUCGCGAGCCAGCGUCUUCCGGCCGAGUUCGGGAACAUGACGAGACUGAAGAUCCUGUGGAUGACCCAAGUGAACCUCGUCGGCGACAUACCGGAGGCUCUCGGGAAGCUGACCGAGCUCGAGCAUCUCGACCUCGCCUGGAAUCAUCUGAAUGGCUCCAUCCCUGCAGCCAUAUGGUCGCUGGAGAAGCUGGAGACACUAUACUUGUUCAGCAACAACCUGACGGGAGAAAUUUCCGGCAAGAUCGCGGCGUUAAACUUGGAGGAGAUCGAUGUGGCAAUAAACCAGCUGAAGGGAUCGAUACCGGAGGAAUUCGGCAAUCUCAGUCAUCUCAGACUCCUGUUCAUGUAUUACAAUCGCCUGUCCGGCGAGAUCCCGAGAGGCAUCGGCCUCCUGCGCAACCUGUCCGACAUUAGGCUCUUCAACAACCACCUCGUCGGAAUCUUGCCACCGGAGCUGGGGAAGCACUCCAAUCUGAAGAACCUCGAGGUAUCCAACAACAGAAUCUCCGGCAGCUUGCCCCAAGGCCUUUGCACAAACGGAGCUCUUCGGUCGCUGGUGGUCUUCAACAACAACCUCACCGGCGAGCUGCCGGCUUCUCUCUCCGACUGCCACCGAUUGGCUAACAUACAGCUGUACAACAACAACUUCUCUGGCGAGUUUCCCCUCCGACUAUGGUCGGCAGCAGAGAAUUUGACGGUCGUGUUGAUCCACCACAACCGCUUCACCGGCGUCCUUCCUGACAAGUUGCAGUGGAACCUGACGCGGCUGGAGAUCAACGACAACAGGUUAUCGGGAAAGAUCCCGUCGUUCGCACCGAAGCUUGCAGUCCUUGAGGCGAGCAACAACACGUUCUCCGGUGAAAUCCCGGCAGAACUCAGCGGGCUGUCGAGUCUCCAGGUUCUGUUGCUCGGCGGAAAUCGGAUCUCCGGCGUGAUACCGGCAGGCAUAUCCAAUUUGAAGUUCCUCACCCAGCUCGAUCUCAGCGACAAUUACCUCUCCGGAGGCAUCCCUGCGGCAUUGGGGUCGCUCGAGGUGCUCACCAUGCUCGACCUCUCGCACAACCGGCUAUCGGGAUCAAUACCGCCGGAGAUCGGCAACCUGAAGCUCAACCUUCUUAACCUGUCUUACAACCAACUCUCCGGCGAGAUUCCUCUGCAGCUACAGAACCAAGCUUACGAGCAGAGCUUCCUCUCCAACGCUGGACUUUGCACCUCCAAGGCUAUAGUGAACCUCAAUAUCUGCGGGCACCGAUCGAGCGGUGCAGACAAGUUCUCGGAGAGGCUGAUCAUAAUAUUUUUGGUGCUCGGUGGGGUUACGUUCUUGAUGAUAGUUGUGGUUGGAACGCUGAUGUGCCGGCGAAGACCCGACAGCGGUGACCUUCCACCAUACAAGCUGACUUCCUUUCAUCAGCUCGACUUCACAGAACGGAACAUAAUACGUGGGCUGACGGAGGGCAACCUCAUCGGCAGUGGAGGAUCAGGUCAGGUUUUCAGGAUCAACCUGGGGCUUCGCACCGGCGAGGCUGUGGCCGUGAAGAAGAUCUGGAACAACAGAAAGCUGGACUGGAAGAUGGAGAAGGCGUUCGAGGCGGAGGUCAAGAUUUUGAGCUCCAUUCGGCACGCCAACAUAGUAAAGCUGCUCUGCUGCAUCUCAAACGCGGAAUCCAAGCUGCUGGUCUACGAGUACAUGGAGAACGGGAGUCUGGAUCAGUGGCUUCAUGGCGAGCGAAGGACAAGGACAGGCUCGUCGGGGCACGGCGAGCCACUGGACUGGCCGAAGAGGCUCGGUAUCGCCAUCGACGCUGCAAGGGGGUUAUGCUACAUGCACCACCACUGUACUCCGCCGGUCAUCCACCGCGACGUGAAGUCCAGCAACAUACUCCUCGACUCCGACUUCGGAGCUAAGAUGGCCGACUUCGGCUUGGCACGAAUGCUGGUCAAGGUCGGUGAGCUCGAGUCGGCAUCGGCGAUAGCAGGCACCUUCGGGUACAUGGCUCCAGAGUGUGGAUACUCGAAGAUCAAUGAGAAGGUGGACGUGUAUAGCUUCGGGGUGGUGCUCUUGGAGUUGACGACAGGAAGGAAAGCCCGAGACGGUGGUGAGAACGAAGGCUUAGCCGGGUGGGCUGCGCGCCGGUUCAAAGAGGAUGGUAGGCUGACGGAGAUGGUAGACGAGGAACUGAGUGAAGAUGUCAACUACAUGGAUGACAUAGAAGCGGUGCUAAGGUUGGGAAUCGAGUGCACGAGGAGGACUCCGGUGUUCAGGCCUUCGAUGAAGGAGGUGGUGCGACACCUGAUGGACUGCGACCGAAGGAACGGGUGUCGACUGAACAUCGAGGUGGCUCCGCUUCUGCAGAUGAAGAGUUGGAGCCGGAAUAAGAGCUUAUCAGAUGCUAGUGAAGAGCAUAGCAUGGCCAUGGGUGCCAUUUAAAUGCUGGUGAUGUCAGAUUUGAUCAUAUCACCAGGUAGCAAUAGCCGAAGCUUCAACACUAGGAGUUGAAGCUUCGGCUAACAAGUGGCACAUUCAAUAGUUGUUACUAUGAUGCUGUACAUGCAUCAGUUAAUAUGUGAUUUCACCUGAUCAGCAAUCCAAAUGACCCUGGGAAAAUAAUUUGCUAAAA